AUGCAUUUACUCCCUUCUCACACCGAUAUGUCACCUUCCGUGUUGCUAGUCAACGAUGGCAACAUCGUCGAUGACAGUGGCAAGCAUGGCACCGACGCCGACAGCGACAGCAGUUCUGCACUGCUUCAUCGCUCAUUGCACCACGACCCACUUCACGUAGUAGGGGCAGAAGGCAACUAUCUCCAUCUGAGUAACGGUGAACGGAUUCUGGACGCCAGUGGAGGCGCCGCAGUAGCAUGCAUUGGCCAUGGCAAUGUCAGGGUUCAAGAAGCUCUGAUCGAGCAGAUGAGCGAGGUCUCAUACUGCCACUCCCUCUUCUACGCAACCACUGCUCCCGAAGACCUCGCCAAGAUCCUCAUCGAGAGCACCGAUGGCGAGAUGGCACGCGUCUUCGUCGCCAGCAGUGGCAGUGAGGCAAUGGAAGCCGCACUCAAGCUCGCUCGUCAAUAUCACUUGGAGAAGCCACAUCCUGAGCCGGAACGAUCCCACUUCAUCUCGCGACAGCAAAGCUACCACGGGACCACACUUGGAGCGCUAGCCGCAGGGGGUCAUGUGGCUCGUCGGGCCAUUUUUGAACCUAUCCUGAGCAUCAACACGAGCAGGGUCAGUCCCUGUUAUGCUUACAGGGGCCUCUCGAGCGUUGUCGACACUGAAGGCUCCUACAUACGAAGACUGGAAGCCGAACUCGAGGCUGAGUUCCUGGCUAUCGGACCAAAGAAAGUGGCCGCUUUCAUUGCUGAGCCGGUUGUUGGAGCUGCUCUAGGUUGCGUACCGCCGUCUCCUGGUUACUUUGCUGCCGUGAGACGAGUCUGCGAUAAGUACGGCGCGCUCCUCAUCCUCGAUGAAGUCAUGUCGGGAGCCGGCCGCACUGGCCCAGCGCCGUCAGAACGACACCCUCGACCUCUACACGCGUGGCAAGAUCCACUGAUUGGUAUCACGCCUGACAUCAUGACUAUGGGCAAAGGACUAGGCGGCGGCUACAUGCCAGUCGCAGCAAUGCUCGCCAACAGACGGGUGGUAAACACUCUCGAGCAAGGCACUGGCUGCUUCAGCCACGGUCAGACCUACCAGGGUCACCCACUGGCCUGCAAGGCAGCCCUCGAGGUUCAGCGAAUCAUUAGAGACGACGACCUCGUCACCAAUGUCCGCAUACAAGGCGCUCUUCUUGGCCGUCUUCUGCACGAAAAGCUCUCGCACCACGCAGCGGUCGGCGACAUUCGCGGCAAAGGCCUCUUCUGGGGCAUUGAGUUCGUGCAAAACAAGAUCACCAAAGAGCCCUUCGACCCGUCUCAAGGCAUCGCCAUGGCCAUUCACGAACUCGGCAUGCAGCACCCACACAACAUCAGUCUCUACCCAGGUACCGGCAGCGUUGACGGCCGACGCGGCGAUCACAUCCUCAUCGCCCCGGCAUACAACAUCACAGCCGACGAAAUUCGCCAGAUCGUCGACACAGUCGCAGCAGUAGUGCGCCAAUACUUUCUGCAGAACCACAAGGGCUGGCUAGCCAUGCAUAGUGCGGACGGGCAACUCGGACUUGCUGAGAAAGUCAAAGCUUUCCAAUUUGGUCGGUGA